AAACCCUCAUCUCAAGUGCUAUAAAAACGAUUACAGCUUUAUACUAAACUGCAGUUCAUUCCAGCUGUGAUAAUUAUAUCAUACACAUUGCAGAAAUGCUUAAGGCAUUACUGGUUUUAACAAUCUUAUUUAGCAUAUCUGCAGCAAAUAGACUUUGUCGGCAAGACUGUUUACGGAGUUUAGAUCCAAUUUGCGCUUUGCAGCAUGGCGUUCCGCGACAGUUUGCUAAUGAGUGUGAGUUAGAUAGACAUAAUUGCGUUAAUGGUUAUGAGUUAUCAGGAAUAGCUGGUUUUUGUAGGGAUAUUUACCCUCAACCCCAAAACGCUCAACCUCCAACAGCGCGUCCUCAGAAUUCUCAACCAUUGCCACCUCAAGCAAAUCGUCCUCAAGCGGGUAUCCCCCACAACAAUGGCCCUCAUGCAAAUCGCCCUCAGAACAGUCGCCCUCAAGCAAGUCGCCCCCAGAAUAGCCGUCCUCAAGCAAAAUGACCACACAGGCAAAUCGUUUUCAAGCGAACCGACCCUAAGUAACGAGUCUGCAUGAUCUGCUUAUAUCAUAUGUACAUAUUAGAAUUUAUCAAUAUCAGGCGAAAUAAGCCCAGUAACGGACAAUAAUCCAAUGUUUUCAGUUCAAUAUAUGUUAACAACUUGUAUUUAUAAGAUUUA